GAACGCGGUGCUAAUGUAGUCACGCGGCUGCAGGUCGGUCCUUUGGCUUUAGCAGAUGACAGGAGGGUGUUUUGGGCCGCCGAGGAGACAGCACUGAUAUGGGUGAGGCUCAGUCUAGGUCAGCGAUGCUUCACCAUCGGGACCAACCUCUGAACUCAGCCUACGGGGGUAAAGGAGGCUCCAGCAAUGGCUCCUCCUCCUCGCUGCGAAACAGGAAGGGUGACAAAGAUGGCAAUUUCAACUUCCUGUCGGGCAAAGACAACCAGGGCACCGGAGGAGGAGGGGACGAGAACCGAAACCCGGUGCGGCCCCGCAACUUGGGCCCGCUGGGUCGCGACCCUCCCAACUCCUCGUCGUCCUCUGGUUAUCACCACAACUCGGGGGUACUGUCGCCGCGCUCCCGCCUGCCCUGCUGGAGCCCCCUGGAGCCCCUGCCGGAAAUCGAGUGUGGGGACGACGGUUAUGGCCGAGUGCCCCCCGACGGAGCAGAGGAGGGUAGGAUGCAGGAGGAGGAGAGGAGGGUGAUGAUGAGCCAUAUUGAGGAGAAGCAGAUGGAGAUGCAGAGGAGAAAAAGCAGCAGGGGAAGGGAGGAAGAGGAAGACGUUGCGCUGCUGGAGGACGGAGACGAAUGGGGCGACAGCGACUCUGAGUCCGAGUUCAGCAACCGCUCCAAUGGCAGCAUGUCCUCCCUCAACAUGGACAGUGGGGGCGAAGGGAAGCUCAUGGGAGGCUGGGACCGCUUGGGGUCGGGGAACCAAAAUCCAACCACCAGGAAAGCGACCCGACCAGAAACGACAACCAAGAACCGGCGGGGGAGACGCAGAAGCUUCAGCCGAAAGUCGCUGACAGGAAGUAACCUGGGAAAUCUUCUGGAGGAAGGAGCCGAGGAGGAAGGCGACGACCGGUCUUCAGACUCGGAAGGCGAGAUGCCGGAGCUGAUGGACGCGGUUUGGACGCUGCGAGACCGCGAGCGCUUCAAGGCCCAGGAGAUGGAGAAGCACCAGGUGCAGCUGACCAUGUACCGCCGCCUGGCGCUGAUCCGAUGGGUCCGCACCCUGCAGGGCCGCAUCCAGGAGCAGCAGAACCGACUGCAGUCCAGCUUCGACGUCAUCCUCACGCAGAGGAAGGAGCUGCUGCGCAUGGGCGCCGCCGCUUCCGUGGCCAAUGCCACGCCCCCUGCUGCCACCGCCAUCGUCCAAUCGUAAAGAGAGAGAGAAGGGGAGGAUCUGAAACAGGAAGUGGUUCCGAAACAAAAUUUUUUGGUUCUGCUUGCUUCCAUCCUGAAGACAUUUUGCCUGAAUAAAAAAAAACAGUCUCCAAUCUUCUUGGCAGACAUCUUUAAGCUUCACACUCAUGUUGCUGAUUGUCAUGAUUUUCUUUACUGAUGUCUCCCCCAGAGCAUCAAUACAUAAAUGUAUCAACACCAAAACCAGAACACUUUAAUGCGAGAUUAAGAUGUUUAUAUCAAAAAUAUCUGUAUGUCUGUACGCUGUUGUUUUUUGUCUUGACCUGUGCGUUGAAAAUACUGUACCAAAAAUAGAAUAUUGUGUAGAUGUAACUGUUUGAGAUAAUUUGUACUCUGAGAUCAUGCUGUAUAUAGAGAGAUGAUAGUUAAAUUCA